CAUGUAAUACCUUCAGGAUCUGAAAUUCAAGGGACAUCAACCAUUUGUUGUUUUGGUUUGAAAUCACGCGACAAUUUGCGAGAGGUUCCUUGCGCAUGCGCUAAGUUCCUAACAACCUGUCAACAAAGUGUGGGGGAAAUUUAUUAUCAUCGUUGAAAACUCCAUUUAUGAAAUAACAGAUAAGUUGACAGGAUGUAUAGUCGAGGGAACUCAGGUUUGAGCACCUACAGCAGACCCGAAAAGAAACCGAGUAAGAACCAACGUGUUAAAGUAUGGUGUAGAGUAAGACCAACUGCUAAUUUUGAUACAGACCAUAUAGAACUAGUCCCUGAUGGAAAGAGUGUAAAUGUACACCAGAAGAAAGAGUCUGCGAAGGGAGUUGUCAAUAACCAGAUUCUAGACUGGUCCUUUAGACUGGAUGGUAUCUUUCAUAAUGCUAGCCAGGACCAUGUCUUUGACACAGUGGCUGCAGAUAUUGUAACUUCUGCUCUGGAUGGUUACAAUGGAACAAUGAUGUGUUAUGGACAGACAGGAGCUGGAAAAACAUUCACAAUAACUGGUGCUACUGAAAGUUAUAAACAGAGAGGAAUUCUGCCCAGGUCCAUAUCACAGCUGUUCAGGGAGAUAGAGGAAAGACCUGAAUAUUCUAUCACUGUCAGAGUUUCAUACUUAGAAAUCUACAAUGAGUCUAUGGUAGAUCUGUUAGCAACACUGCCAGAAGCCAUUAAUCAGGAAAAUGGUGGCUCAAUGUCAGUAGCCGAGAAUCAGUACGGAGUCUAUGUUAAAGGAUUGUCUUGUCAUCUCACACAGAAUGAAGAAGAGGCUCUCAAUUACUUGUUUGAGGGAGAAACUAACAGAGCUAUUGCAGCCCAUUCACUGAAUGCACAGUCCUCUAGGUCUCACUGUAUAUUUACUCUGUAUAUUGAGACAAGAUCAAGAGUACAGUCAAAUGCUAGAUAUACAGUUUCUAAAUUGAACUUUGUUGAUUUAGCUGGAUCUGAAAGAUUAAGUAAAACUAAGUCUGAUGGAAAAACACAACAAGAGGCAAUGUACAUUAAUAAAUCAUUGACAUUUUUGGAACAAGUCAUUGUAGCAUUAGCCGAUCGGCGUAGAGAACAUAUUCCUUUCCGCCAGUCAAAACUAACACAUUGUCUAAAAGAUUCUAUUGGUGGAAAUUGUAACACACUCCUGAUAGCUAAUAUCUGGGGAGAAAAACAACAGUUAGAAGAAUCAGUAUCAACAUUGCGUUUUGCCACCAGAAUGAUGUGUGUUGCCAGUGAACCAUCAAUGAAUGAAAUUAUAGAUCCUGUGGUACAAUGCAAAAGAUUAGAAAAAGAAAUCCAGCAUUUAAAACAAGAGUUAGCCAUGCAUGAUACUUUGACAAACAGAAGCCACAUAACCUAUGAUUCUUUAUCAGAACAGCAGAGAUAUGAGAUCAGACAACAAGUUAGAAGAUAUUUGGAAGGACAUUUAGAUGAAAUAGAUAUAAUAAAUUUAAGACAGGUUCAAGGAGUGUUUGAUUCGUUUAAAGAUAUUUAUGUACAAAUGGAGAAAGAUGUUGAGGAACGAUUACGACAGAAAUUUACAUUGAUUGACAGAACUGACCCAGCAGCUAUUGCAGCAGCUCAACAGUCUGGUCUGCCAGUCACAGAUGAUGGUCUUUUGGUUGGAGAGACCGAUGGGGUAGGCUUUGGAGUAGGAAUGGCUCCUAAAUCAGCUAAAGCAGACCCAUCCUCAGUAGUUCAACUAAAAAGGAAAGAAAAGGAAAAAGAGACAAAGAAAGGAAAAUUAUCAAGACAAGAUACAAAAAGUCCAACCGGGGGUAAGAGUGUUAGUAGUCCUUCACACAGUGCUAAAGGAGAGAGGGAGGUGAAGUCACCACACCCAUCAGUGGACAGGACCAGGGAAGAAGAUGCUGCCACACCAGCCAGCUCAUUGGGAGGUCCCAAAACAGACAGAACAGCCAGGGCUAGUACACCACCGAGUAGAACUACAGCUUUUGACAUAUUCAAGUCAGAGAAAGGAACAGAAUUGAACAGAAUCUUAGUUGAAAAUAAGGACAUUUUAGCAUCAAAUAAGAAAACAUAUACCGACCUAGCACGAGGUAUAAAUCACAACAAAAUAGAGAUAGAUCAAUGCAGAAUGAAAUUAGAAAAAUUAAAAGAGGAGAGAGAAUCUAAUGGCACACAAUAUAAUGAAGAGGGAGAUAUAAUUAUAAGUGAAGAAGAAUUCAUGGAGGUGAAGAGAUUGAAAGAACUGAAAUCUAAAUAUAAAACAGAUUACGACAACCUGAAAAAUCUUAAGGCAAAGGUUCAGUACUGCCAACGACUGGUCGACAACUGUAGGCAAAAACUAAUACAAGAAUUUGACAAAUGGUAUUCAGAAAGCUUUUUGAGUCAGACUGAAGAUGGCACCACAACCACAAGUAUGGCUGCUGGCCAUGGUAUCAGACCUGGUGUGUUACCUCCCUUUAAUCCAAACACAGUGCCUGAAGAUGAACAAGAAAAGUUUGACAGAUUACAGAUGGAACUGUUGAUGAACAAUCCUGAUUCAGCUGCCUUCUUUAAUGCUCAACACAGAACACAGAGAAGGAAAACAUAUGAAGCAGCCAUGAUGCAGCCACAACCAUCUUACAGACGGUCUCCAGGAACACCCACAAUAUCAAUAAGGAAUCGUCCUCCAAACAUGUUACAAAUUAGUCAGUGAACAAUAUGUAACAGACUUUUUGAUUGGAUGAUAGACUGAUAGUGUCGUCUGCUGAAAACAAUCAUUUGCAUAUUUUAAAUAUCAUUAUAUGUAUACUUUCUAGUGAUAUUACCAACAUUGCUAAAAGAAAGAAAAGAUGUCAAAAAAAUAAAAAAAAAGUGCAAAUUUUUAA